UCAAGAGGAGAGAGGAGGAAAUCUAACAAGUGAGAAAACUGUUGCAUUUUGGUAAAGACGCUUAUCAGUGGAUUAAAAUAUGAAAAUCUACAAUAAUUCUCUUUAGAAUUUCUUAGAGCAUAGAAAGGUAGUGAAAAGUGAAUUAGUUAAGUGGUGGCCUAAGUCACUAUUUUGUUCCGUCUGUCUGCCUUGGGUGUUGAUGACCAACGAGUGACCUGUUACGCACUGACUGGAAAAAUAAUAAUAGUCGGCAUAACGACGAUUCGUUGUAAUUAAGAGAAAAACUAAAGUGAAUUUGCUGUUAGUUUUCGAGUUCAUCUGAUUAUUCCAGAGCUUGACAACUCACGGAGACGACGGUGAGGAUGCGCUGUCUUCACUGUUUUCUCGACCACGUUGAAAGUCUACCUGCGCGAAACUGAAGGGUUCACCUUCCCACAGCGUAUCUCAGAUCAUCGACAUUUCUAUUGUGCAACGAGGAGCAAAAGAAUGCUCCUGGCACAAGAUGUCUGAUUUACAGGCGAGCAGUGGAACCUUAGAUAUUCUCUGCUACGACUCAACUCACCACAAAAAAAACAGAGAAGCAAGUUUUUAUGAGGAACAGAACAUUUUCUCAGUACUGUUUCAAUAAAUACUGACUUGAAAAAAAUCACCUUGCAACAACCAUAUCUAAGAGGGGAAUUUGUUAGUCUACCCAAGAGGAAAACAGACCCAGGAUUAAGCGAUGAAAAGUACAUAGAGAAAGAGAAACACAAGGUAGUAGGAAUAGGAACAAAUACAAGAGAUUUAAGCGCUCUUUCAUUCCUCUCCACUCAUCCUUGGACCAGACAAGUGAGUGCCCUUCACUGAAUGCCGUGGGUGAGAUGGACUCCUUUGGGAAUACUGGAGCAGACCCCACCUGACAGCUCUCCAACUGAGAAAUAUAAGGACAUUCCACCAGGAGAUUCUGCUGCCAUUCUGGCUGAAAAAUAUUGAUAUUUUUAGAGAACCCUUUAGAACAAUCUACACUCCAUCCCAGGGAAAAACCUUGCAUUUAACCUUCCAAAGAACUGGAUGUGGGACUUAGUCAGUUUCAACCCGUGUCUGUAACACUGAGAAGGUGUCCACACUCAACUGGCUGGUUUCAUCUCUAGCCCUCUGAAAAAAAAUAACAUACUACAUUUGAUAUCAGUGAGAUCUUUACUGAAAAGAAGGAUGAAGAAAGUGAAUAAAUAUUGUUUUGCCGGAUUAAAUAUUUUACGUUAAAAAAUAAAUGUGGAGAAAAAGGUUUUGACAAAUUAGAGGAUAAACCUAGAAAAACAAUUUUUUAAAUGAACGGAAUGAAAACAUGUUUUGUAUUCUCUUCCUGACAUUUGACUUCAACGACUCCUGACUUUGCGACAUUGAGCUUUGCUGUUCCUUAAGUGUCCUAUAUCAUCUCAUUCCUGUCUUUACGUUGAAAUCUCCUAUAUUUAUAGUCUUUCCUCACAACCCUCCUACCUUUUCACUCUCCCUCAUUUACAUCUUAUUUCCCUUAGGUAAAAUUAACUACUUCACCCCCUACUCCCAGUGUAGAACCUCUCUGUCCCAUCGCCUUUCCCCCCUUAGUCCCUCUCUCACCAUCUCUCCCCCUAGUCCUGGUUUUCCCAGAGUUCAUUCUGGCCGGCACCACCAUUCCGGCCAAGGGGGAGGAGGACUUCCUCAGUCUGGCCGCCUCCCGGCUCAGCCGCAGGAAACGUGUCAUCGGGGCAGGAGUGGGCGUGGCUAUGGUGCUGGUGCUGCUGGUUGCCAUCCCCUUAUUGGUUCACACCACCAAAGGGGGGGCGUCUGGAGGCGGGAGCACCCAUUAUGAGAUGCUCGGCAGCUGCAAGAUGGUGUGCGACUCUUUCACCCCCCCACAGGGCAGCCACGAGCUGACCGCUGUCUCCCCCCAACCCCCAGACUUCACAGGGAGAAGGGGCAAGUCUGGGUUUCGUGGGAGCCCUGGCCCCCCAGGCCCCAGAGGUCCCACAGGAGAACCAGGCAAGCCAGGCCCCCCUGGUCCCCCCGGCCCCGGCCCAGGGGGCUACAUCCCCUCCUUCUACAGCCCCAAGAUCGCCUUCUACGCUGGCCUCCGCAAACAGCAUGAAGGGAGUGAGGUGUUGAGGUUUGACGACGUAGUGACCAAUGUGGGGAACUACUAUGAACCCAGUACUGGCAAGUUCACCUGCCCCCUACCUGGCAUCUACUUCUUCACCUACCAUGUCCUGAUGAGGGGCGGAGAUGGGACCAGCAUGUGGGCCGACUUAAAAAAGAAUGGACAGGUGAGGGCCAGUGCCAUUGCCCAGGAUGCUGAUCUGAACUAUGACUAUGCCUCCAACAGUGUCAUCUUGCACCUGGAUGUGGGGGACGAGGUGUGCGUGCAGCUCGACGGGGGCAAAGUUCACGGAGGAAACACCAACAAAUACAGCACCUUCUCUGGCUUCCUCAUCUACCCUGACUGAAGGCAGCCACAUGUCACACACACACAACUACACACACAUUCUCCCAGGCAAACAAAUACAGCAACAUUUUCAGGAUCCUCAUCCAACCUGAUUCUCUCAACCACUCUCUUCUCUCUCUUUUUCCCCCUCUCUCUCACGCCAUUGCUAAAACACACAGUAUUUAGAGAAACGGAUGCAAUGGGAAAAGGAAAUGUAUAAUGUCUCUGUGUUUUUAAUGUCUAGAUAAUGGUCAUACCAUAACAUUCCAAACCAAGUGUAGUUACAAGGCAUAUAAUGUGCAUAUAGACCUUGUUUAUACGCAUUUUUAUUUAAUACACACACCCAUUUGUUUGUCAUGUGUUUUGUCAUUCUCAUGAUAUCAUUGAAUCACAGAUAUGUAAAUGAAACUAACAUGUAAGUAUGGGGUGACAAACAAGAAUUAUGUCAAGACAAAAACUUGUUUAAAGAUCAUCUUGAUAUCGUGUAUAUUCUUAAAGUUACAUAUAAAUUAACUUCUGAUGCGCACACAUCUGUGGGUAUGAUCAUGUAUGUGAAAGUAUACCUACAUGACUCGCAUACAACUCUUUCACACACACACACAGUGAUUCAUUGAACUUCCCCUAUCUAGUGUUGCAUUGACAUGAGCUGACCAUUUCAGCCACCAGUGUGGAAUUUAGUAAAAUGGUCUCAGAUUGCAGACUGUAAAUGGAAGACUGCGAGGUUGGUUGCGGGGCUUCCCGCCUCCGUUCUUCGCUCCAAGAUGGAUUUCCAAUACGGCUGAAGACACCAAAUGAGAAAAGUCAUGAAUAUAUUGAUCGGAGCUGAUAAUACACCCAACACCACGAACAUCAUCCAGUGUGGUGUGUGUAAGAUAAGUAUCAUGUUGUUAGUUUUACCUACAUGGCCCCUGCCUACAGCUAAGGGGGGUGGGGAGGGGUGAUGGUAGUCCCCUCACACACAGGAUAUCAAUGAUGAGACUUAUGGUAGACAGAUACAGUAUUUUUCCAGACCUUAUGGUGGAUGACAGAGCAUCAUCGUGUUCCACUAAUGAGCCCAUCCUUUGUUUAAACCCUCAAACCCUAUUCCUAUAUUCACAUUACAUUAAAUUGAUAACAGAGCAAUUUAAACUGGGUGUCGAACCCAGACAUAAUCAGAGAUGGAGCUUUAGAUCAUGGAGAGAUGAUGCUUUAGUUCAUGGAGAGAUUAUGCUUUAGGUCAUGGAGAGAUGAUGCUUUAGGUCAUGGAGAGAUGAUGCUUUAGAUCAUGGAGAGAUGAUGCUUUAGAUCAUGGAGAGAUUAUGCUUUAGGUCAUGGAGAGAUGAUGAUUUAGGUCAUGGAGAGAUGAUGCUUUAGGUCAUGGAGAGAUGAUGCUUUAGAUCAUGGAGAGAUGAUGCUUUAGGUCAUGGAGAGAUGAUGCUUUAGAUCAUGGAGAGAUUAUGCUUUAGAUCAUGGAGAGAUGAUGCUUUAGAUCAUGGAGAGAUGAUGCUUUAGAUCAUGGAGAGAUGAUGCUUUAGGUCAUGGAGAGAUGAUGCUUUAGAUCAUGGAGAGAUGAUGCUUUAGAUCAUGGAGAGAUGAUGCUUUAGGUCAUGGAGAGAUGAUGCUUUAGAUCAUGGAGAGAUGAUGCUUUAGAUCAUGGAGAGAUGAUGCUUUAGUUCAUGGCCAUUUGGUUAUUUGUAUAAUGAUGAGUCUUCUUUUCUUCUAAGGUAAAGCAGCCUGUUUGUUUGCAGUGUGGAUACGGACAUUGAGGAUUCAUCUUGUACUCUGUACAGAACUAGUUUCACAUUUUAAAAUGUACGCUGCUACCGUAGAACUAGAAACGGACUGAGUGUCUUCAAUGGAAAUGUACAUCUUUGUGUGUUAUUGAAUGUACCAUACAUUACUAAUUGUGUAAAUGCAAUUCAAAUAUGCAGGUUCAGGUUGAUGCUGUCUGUCAAAUAUGUUAUGCAAACCCUUGACACAGUGGCAAUGAGACUAUAUUGUGUCACUUGUGUUAUCGAUCAAGAAUGGAUUUCAUGGACAUUUUAGAUUGGGGGCAUUAUUACCUUGUC